AUGUCAGCAAAAGCUACUAAACGUGUAGUCGUCGCCGGAGGAAACGGAUUCCUCGGCUCACGCAUCUGCAAAUAUGCUGUAGCCAGGGGGUGGGACGUAACGUCAAUAAGCCGAUCAGGAGAGCCAAAAUGGGAAGCAGUGACCUCCUCCUCCACGCCACCCAACUGGGCGCGCCGCGUGGCCUGGGAGCGCGCAGACAUCCUGAAGCCCUCAACCUACGUCUCCCUGCUGCGGGGCGCCGACUCCGUCGUGCACAGCAUGGGCAUCCUGCUGGAGGCCGACUACAAGGGCGUGCUCCGCGGCCAGGAGUCCCCCAUCUCGGGCCUGCGGAAGGCCUUCUCCAGCGCCAAGCGCCCCGGCAACCCCCUGGAGCGCGGCGUCGCUGACGACCAGGACAUCCGGCCCCCGGAGACCAAGGAGCAGCUCACCUACGAGAACAUGAACCGCGACAGCGCCAUCAUGCUCGCCAAGGAGGCCGCCAAAGAGAACGCGUCGAGCUUCGUCUACGUCUCCGCGGCCGGCGGGGCGCCGGUGCUGCCCACAAGGUAUAUCACCACGAAGAGGGAGGCCGAGAGCACGAUUGCCAGCGAGUUCUCCCAGAUGAGAGGUAUCUUCCCUAGGCCACCCUUCAUGUACGAUUCGAGCAGGGCGUUUACGGUGCCGAUGGCUGCCAUGACUGGCGCUGGUGCGCUCUUCAACAAGCUUACGGGCGGUGUGCUAGGAGGAUUCAUGGGAGCAGCUGGCGCCAAGCCCUUGAAAGUUGAUGUGGUAGCCGAGGCUGUUGUGGAGGCCAUGGAGGAUGAUAACAUCCGUGGCCCGAUCGAGGUCCCUGAGCUUGAGGCGCUGGCUAACAAGGCCUGGAGGAAGGGUAUGCUGUGA